AUGGACAUUGGAUCCAGCUCAGACCGCAAAGAUGUCAGUCCCUCGGGCAAGAGGAGAAGCAGUGGAUUCGCAGGCGCACGCAACGUCUUCUCAAAUGCCAAGCAAUCUUUCAAAGACCAAUUCCACAGUUCAUCUCCCGAGGCCCGUGAGAAACCCCAGACUCCCAUGCAGAAGCUUGGUAGAACCGACCCUGCUCUGAGCGUCCCCCAAGGUGCACUCAACAACUCAGCCGGAGAAUCUGAGCCCGGUCCGCGGUCCACCUUCAGAGUCGGCGUUACUGAGGAUAAGAACAAGAAAUGCCGAAGAACCAUGGAAGAUACGCAUGCUUAUCUCUACAACUUCCUCUGCACUCCAGCUCCUGCUCUCGGCUCAGACACGGCCCAGAAAAGCAUAUCUUCUACCAACUCAAGCAACUCCCAAGAUGUCGUCGAGACCGACAAUGGCUACUUCGCUAUUUUCGAUGGACACGCUGGUAACUUCGCCGCCGAUUGGUGUGGCAAGAAGAUCCAUUGCCUUCUUGAAGAGAUCAUCCGCAAGCACCCGAAUACUCCUAUUCCCGAGCUUCUCGAUAUGACCUUCACAACCGCCGACCAGCAGCUGGAGAAGCUGCCUUUGAAGAACAGUGGAUGUACUGCCAUUACUGCCGUGCUUCGUUGGGAAGACAGAAUACCCAACUCUCAGUCUGCUACUGGCUCCACAGCAAUCGCACCUGCCACUGCUGCCGCCAUCAAGGGAAACACCGAGUCAACGCCAGUCAGCGCUGAGUCGGCACAGUCGCCUGCGGCAAAGCUUCGCGAGGCUGCGUCGCGUCAGCGCGUCCUUUACACAGCCAACGUUGGAGAUGCCCGUAUUGUUCUGUGCAGAAAUGGCAAGGCUCUGCGUCUGUCCUAUGACCACAAGGGUAGCGACGAGAAUGAGGGUAAGAGAAUUGCAGGUGCCGGAGGUCUCAUCCUAAACAACCGUGUCAACGGUGUUCUGGCCGUUACUCGUGCUCUCGGUGAUGCAUACAUGAAAGAUCUGAUCACCGGUCAUCCCUACACGACGGAAACUGUCAUUCAGCCUGAUAUCGAUGAGUUUUUGAUCCUGGCUUGCGAUGGCUUGUGGGACGUUUGCUCCGACCAGGAGGCAGUCGACCUUGUCCGUAACAUCAAAGACCCCCAGGCCGCUUCCAAAGCUCUCGUCGAAUAUGCACUCAAUCGCUUCUCGACUGACAAUUUGACCAUCAUGAUCGUUCGAUUCGACAACCAGGCAUUGCAGCAAACCGUUGAACGCAAAGUGGAGCCUAUUGGUGUUGAUGGCGAUCCGGCCGCUCAGAAGGGCGGUGUUAGUGAAGCCGACGCCAUCAUCGCCGAGCAACGUCAAAAGCUUGCCGACAGUGGCGAGCUUCUCGACCGUGUCCCUAGUGACAUCAACGAAGAGGAACAGAAGGUGGAUCCUGGACCGGAGCUCAACAUCGAGGCAGUCGAAGCCGCACGCAAGGAUCGCAAGCCUCAGCCACCUGCGCAACAAUCCCAGUAA